AGGCCCAUGGCGACCUGCCCCGUCCUGCAGAAGGAGACCCUGUUCCAAACAGGAGUCUACACUUACAGAAUCCCUGCUCUGCUCUACCUGAAGAAGCAGAAAACCUUACUGGCCUUCGCGGAAAAGCGAGUGAGCAAGAAGGAUGAGCAUGCAGAGUUGAUCGUCCUUCGAAAAGGAAGCUACGACGCAGCCACACACCAGGUCCAGUGGGAAGCUGAGGAGGUGGUGACGCAAGCCCAGCUGGAGGGCCACCGCUCCAUGAACCCAUGCCCCUUGUAUGACAAGCAAACAAGGACCAUCUUCCUUUUCUUCAUUGCCGUUCCCGGGCAGGUAUCAGAGCACCACCAGCUCCACACCAGGGUUAAUGUCACCCGGCUAUGCCAUGUCACCAGCACUGACCAUGGGAGGACCUGGAGCCCCGUCCAGGACCUCACAGAGACCACCAUCGGCACCACCCACCAGGACUGGGCCACAUUUGCUGUGGGUCCUGGGCACUGCCUGCAGAUGCGAAACUCAGCUGGGAGUCUGCUGGUACCUGCUUACGCCUACCGGAAACUGCACCCUUUCCAGGCACCGGCCCCCUCUGCCUUCUGCUUCAUCAGCCAUGACCAUGGGCACACAUGGGAGCUAGGCAACUUUGUAUCCGAAAACUCACUGGAGUGCCAGGUGGCUGAAGUUAGCACUGGAGAUCAGAGUAUGGUGUAUCUCAAUGCUAGGAGCUUCCUGAGAGCCAGGGUCCAGGCACAAAGUCCUAACAAUGGCCUGGAUUUCCAGGACAACCAGGUAGUGGGGAAGCUUGUAGAACCUCCCAGAGGUUGCCAUGGAAGUGUGAUUGCUUUUCCCAACCCCACCUCGCAGCCAGAUGCCUUAGAUGUGUGGCUGCUCUACACUCACCCUACGGACUCCGAGCAGAGGACCAACCUGGGUGUGUACCUCAACCAGAGGCCACUAGAUGCCAAGGCCUGGUCAGAGCCCACCCUGCUGGACACAGGUACCUGUGCCUACUCAGACCUGCAGAACAUGGGGCACGGCCCUGAUGGCUCCCCACAAUUUGGGUGUCUGUAUGAAUCAGAUAACUAUGAAGAGAUCGUUUUCCUCACAUUCACCCUGAAGCAAGCUUUCCCAGAGGUACUUGGUGCCCAGUGAGCUCAUUGCUUGUGGCCCAAAUGGCUUCCUUGUACCUCAGAACACCCAACUCUCAUUCCCUCCAGCAUCCCCUGGACUUUUGGGUCUGGCUCUUGGGUCCCUUCCUCAGGAGUAUGCAAAGAGCUUGGUCUCUUGACUCUGAAAACUUUGUAGUUCCAGCCUCUGCAGUGGGUUCUAUCUCCAGCCCAGAAAGCAAAGAAGCCUGGCUUUCCCCAGCCUGUUGACAGAGAAGAUGAGGAUAGGAUAUACAGAGGCUGUCAUUCUGCACGUCAGCUGUCACUACACUAGCUUAGCCUGCCUGCUUCCCCACUCCUAGUUUUCAGGUGAAUGUUAAUAAAU